UCUCUCUCUCUCUCUCGUUUUUAAUGGAGAGACUGCACUAGGUUGUAGCCUCGAGGCUCCUCUUUUCCUAUAAAGUACAGCCAACCUCCCAUCUCAUCCUUUACCGUGUUCUCUUCCUUUGUCCUCCUCUUCUCCUUUAGCUUAUUGUAUUUUUCUUCCUUUCUCCUUCCUCUCCUCCUCCUGUAUCUUUUCCUGUGCUUUCUUGGUUUCUCUUCUGUCUCCUUUGGUUUCCCUGUGGUCUCUCCGUUCAUGUACUAUUGAGUGAGUGCAGCAUAUUUUGGGAGAGAGAGAAUGAGGACAGCCAUGAAGAAAGUGGAGAAGAUCCGGCAGAUCGUGCAGCUGAAGCAGGUGAUGCGGCGGUGGAGGGCACUGAGUCUUCGGCGCCACGGCGGGGAGGCUAACAAGGCGGAGGGCGAGGCAGGGUCGGGGAGGCCCGUCCGGUCUGGGUUCCUGGCGGUGUACGUGGGGCCGGAGCGUCGGCGGUUCGUGAUCCCGACCCGGUUCCUCAACCUGCCGGUGUUCGCCGCCCUGCUGCAGCGGGCGGAGGAGGAGUACGGGUUCCCCCCCGCCGGCGGUCUGGCCCUCCCCUGCGACCCGGCCUUCUUCAGGUGGGUGCUCGACGCGCUCGAGCGGGACGAGCCCCGGCUCGGCUCCCUCAGCCUCAAGGACUUCUACACCCUCUUCGCUGACCUCGGCGCCGCCACCGCUUCCCCAUGCCGCGAGCCGGUCGCUUACAACGGCUUCUCCCCUCUCCUCCCCAAGACCAAGGCUCGAUAACACGCACGCUUUUCUCUCGAUCUUCUUCCUUCCCCUUGAAGUUUUUGUACAGGUGAAGUGGCAGUAGAUGAGAAGUAAGUGGCGUUCGCUAAGAUUUCAUCCAUGGAUCCUAAAAAUGUGGGACUCAUACGCGAUGUGAGUCUUCCCUCUCUCUAUCUCUCUCUCUCAUAUAAAAGAGAACUGAAUCCAACUCCAGUCUUUUUAGCCUUGAUCAUGGAGUUGUAUGGGGUUUCUGGGGAAGGUCAUAACCUGGAAUCUAAAUCCACGAUGAUCCUGUUGCUGAUGUUGAGGCAUGACAUGAUCUGUACUGAGAAUUCAAUGCAAUUCGAAGCUGAAACUUCUGUUGUCUUUCAUGCAAUUCAGAUGCACAUUUCUUCC